GUAUGGCGCAGUGCCAGCGACAACACAACGGCAGCGACAUCGCGCGUCCCAUCCCAGCGGAAUAUCAAAACGAGGAGCACUCUCUCUUUCUGUUGCCUGGAUCAUGGCUUUCCUGCGCAAGGCUGCGCUGCUCCUUCUGGUGCCACUGCUGCUCCUGGAGAUGGUUAAUCUGUGCGGCGGCACCGCCACCCCCUGGCUGAAGUACAACAGUUACACGGCCCAGGGACGCAGUCGGUCGGACCAGCGCGAACGCUGUCCUCAUGUACGCGCCAUACGGAACUUUGAUUUGGCAAAAAUGAUGGGCUGCUGGCACGUGGUCCAGUACUACGCAUCCACGGAGGAGCUGCCGGAAUACGCCUGCAUGCGCAGUCACUUCAGCUUCACCGGAGAGGAUCAGCAUAUUACGAUGAACUUUAGUUACAUUUUUGCUGAGGAUCCGCUGCGGGAGAAGAUGCAGGGCAACAUCACCUGGAUGAUACCGGAGUUCCAGUAUCCUGGCCACUGGAUGCAUACCGAGGAUAUAUAUGAGGGCGUCUACAACACCUAUGUGCUGGACACGGACUACCAGAGCUGGGGCCUGGUCAUGCACUGUGCCGAGAAGAAGAAGCACACCAGGUACCUGUCCGCCCUGCUGUUGUCGCGCGAGCCGACACUGGGCGAGAAUGUGGUUAACUUUUUGCGUGAGAAGCUGCCCCGCUACCACAUCGACCUGUCCUUUAUGUUCGACAUUAAUCAGACGGCCUGCGAUAAUCUCAUGGAGUCCAGCAGCGAUGAUCCGCUGGCCUACAUUGUGAAUGGGCGCAAGAAUGCGAAGGAAAUGUUUAAAAUUAUUACCAAGCAAUAAAUCAAAAUACAUUUAAAUUUA